CCAAUAAACCAGAGAAGAAGAAGGGUAGGGCUAAGCGCGCAGUUCGUGUAUUUUGUCCAAGUAGCGACCCGUAGGAUCAGGAAGUCGGGAGGUGAACACCUGACUGGACACGCUCCCGUCCACUUAUUGACAAGAAGGAAAGUGGUCUUUGCCAUCAAUAUAGACACUUUGAUCCAUCAGAUCAAGAUGAGUGCUAUGCGAACUGUCCUGUUUUCUACCGGCUUGGUGGCGGUGUUAGGACUCGGCUAUGGAAUGUGGUCCAUUAUUACUCCAGGCGAGGAGAGGCGGAGAGAACUCAUCAAGAACCUGCCGGAAUCGAACCCGGGGAGGAUGGAUGAGAUGAGGAAGCGCAACGUUCUGCUGAUGCAGAAGCUGAAGGAGGCCGCAGAAACCGACGACAACAUCGCCAGAGGACUGGGAAGAUCCAGAUGACUUGUUGGAACGCUGCCGACGUCCCACUUUGGCCCGCUUGUGUCGACAACACCAAUGUGUCGUCUUAUUAUUAUUUCUGUAUGCUGUCAAUGACUGUACAUGGAUUAUAUCACUUUUCAUAUUGACAUGGUUUAAGACACUAUUUGAAGUGGUUUGUUGCCAAGUUACACAAUACUUUCCUCAUGUCACUUAAACAAGUAUAUUUUAUAUCAUUUACAUAUCUGAAAUAAUUAACAUACUGAACAUUUUUAGCAAUUUAAUCAAGAAAAUCUCAUCACAAAAUAUUUAUAAUAAACCCUUUUUAAUAGUGGUUUAUUCCAUGACCAAUAUAUUUAUUUUCUUGCCAGAUUACAAAAAAAAAAGAAUUAAAAAUGUGCAAUUAAAAUAAUGACAAUGAUCAUCAAAUCAAAAAUAAUAAUCAUUUAAAAAAUGGUUAUCAUAUGGCUCGAUUAUUGUUAUUUCAAACUAUAUUCUCUACUUAGGCUGCUGCCCCCGCACCGAUAGAUGGACGAUUUGAGGAGUAUUUUUUUAUUUUAUUGUUUAAAUUCUAUAUUUAAAAUGAUCCAGUAAUUUAAUUUCAGUUAAAAUCUGUAUUUAAAGCAAGCACUUUAAUAAAUAAAUGUUUAUUCAUGUUG